AUAACUAGAAAUAAUAACAUAAAUUCGGCGAUCAUCAUUCAUGACUCGAAAUAGAUCUUGACUAAGAGUAGGAUAUAGACCUCAUGUGUCAGCUAGAUCUAUCGUAUUGAACUAUACAACUAAGCUGUCGAGCCUGCAGGUACUAUGGUGGAUAAGGAACGGUGGAGCUGGCGAUUCGAUUUUUUAGCGACGAACGUCGGCUUCGUAGCCUGUUUUGAUAAUUUAUGGCGCUUCCCUUUCCUCUGCUACGUACACGGUGGGGUUGUCUUCCUCGUCCCAUAUUUUCUAUGUUCCUUGUUUCUUGCGACUCCUCUCUUGUUCCUGGAGAUGGCACUCGGUCAAUACACCUCCUCGGGUCCCAUCAGAGCCUGGAAGAUAUGCCCAAUUUUCCAAGGUAUUGGUGUCGCCACCACUGUCGUUGCUUGGUGGCGUAACAUCUACUAUAACGUCAUCCUGGCCUGGACCCUGUACUAUCUCUACAGUUCAUGCAUUGGUGGUGAGCUCCCCUGGGCGAGAUGCAAUAAUGAAUGGAAUACAGCUUCAUGCUUGAAUUACGGCAAUGAAUGGGUGUGCGUCAAUGGAACCUAUAUUCCCAUCGACAAGUGGAAUGCUCCACCGGAGGAAUCACCAGCCCCAUCGUGGAGCAGUUGGAAUGAAGCAGUGCCCUUAGAUGACUCUGACCAAUGUGGUAAUUACCCAUUAACAACCAACCCGGCCCAGGAGUUCUGGAGAAUCAAGGUGUUAGGCCAAACAGGGACGGGCGGAAGAGGUAUUGUCGGGCAUCUUGCCCUAACCCUCUUCCUCGCAUGGACGCUCGUAUACUUUGGCCUCCGGAAGGGAGUUAAAUGGAGCGGCAAGGUGGCUUAUUUCACCGUUCCCUUCAUACACCUUGUAUUCGCCGUGCUUAUGAUACGUGGGAUUACUUUACCAGGAGCAUAUGAUGGUUUGAUUUUUUAUCUCAAACCCAUCCCAUCUCGACUAAAUGCACAGGCGUGGAUAGCCGCUGGAACAGAAGUUUUCUAUUCCUUCUCGAUUGGACUAGGUGCUUUCACAGCCCUUGGAAGCUUCAACAAAUUCCACUACAAUUUCUAUAGGGAUAGCAUAAUCGCAGCAUAUUUAAAUGUGUGGACGAGUAUCUACAGUGGCAUCAUCGUCUUUACAUUUCUCGGCGUCGAAGCGUACAGUGAGGGAAUCUCCCCCGGCGUAAUCAUUGCUGAUGGUUCCGGUUCUGGUCGAUUUUUUAAGGUCUUUCCGCGUUCUUUUGCUGCAUUGCCUGUACCAAGGGUCUGGUCUAUAUUCUUUUUUCUAGCGGUCCUAACGAUUGGGCUAAACUCUCAGCUCGUCAUGGUGAAGGCGUUCAUCACGUCUGUCUUGGAUCUUUUCCCUACCUGGCUGCGGAUUGGGUAUUAUAAAGAGGUAUUCGUGUUGGGAGUCUGCUUUCUAAACUUCCUGAUUGGCCUCAGUAUGGUAACUCAGGAUGGUGAAUACGUCUUAUGGCUCUUUGAUGCCUAUGGGUCUGGUAUCUUUCCUCUCAUUUGGAUAUGUUUCUUCGAGAGCAUCGCCAUCGGAUGGGUUUAUGGAGUUAGAAAGUUUUCCUUCAACAUUGCCGAGAUGCUAAGAUGGCAACAGAUCCAAUGGUACAUAAUCUGCUGGAUAGCCACUGUUCCUGUUAUUGCUCUGUUCGUUUGGAUCAGCAACAUAGUUUCAUGGUCCACGCUGUCCUUGUUCUCGAACCCCCUUGGCAUCUGUAUGGCCCUCUCAUCGAUGGUGUGCAUUCCCGCCGGAAUGGUCUACGCCGUCUUCUACCAAUUGAUCAAAGGUGAUGGGCCCACUUUCACGAGGCUGGAAAGGGUUAUCCAACCCGCUAUCGUUCCUGUUCUUGACGAAGUACAUCCAGAUUGUUUCGAAAUGUUAUAAUAUCAUGAAAGUCG